AUGGCCGGGGAGGGACAUCGUUUGGGUGAUGCGCUUACUUGUGCAGACUUGCAGCGUGAGCUGCAGAAGUUCGCCAAGGAGAAGUUGCCGGACCUGUUUCAGGCUUUCGCAGAAGAGACCGCGAAGAUCUCAUGCGAGCAGCUUCGGGAGGUACUAAGCUCUCAGAGGUAUGGUGGCCCAACCCUUCGAGCCGCCGCAACUGCCAUGAUAGAUGGGACAGAUGGCAAGAAGGACCAUGACCAUGAAUGGGCUCACCGACACAUCCGCCCCGCCGCAGUUCGGGAAGCCUCCAAGCCAUCGCAGCAUACCAGUGUUAAGGAGAUUUGGAGAGCAGUUGUUGACAAAAGUCGGGUGACUCAGAGGUCUGAGCACGAAGCCCCUCCACUGCAGAUUGUGCCUCAAGCCUCCAUUGCGCAUGAAGCGCCUGCACCAGCCCCAGUGCUGGAGGCCAGUGAAGAAGGUGCCCCACUCCCAGGGUCAGUGGCAGAUGAGCCGGCGGAUGCUCUCAAUGCCUCUCCUGACCCUCCCAACCCUCCCGAUCCCGAGCCUCAGCGCGCAGGGCCCGCAGGGCCCGCAGGGCCCGCAGGGCACAGCAAGGAAGUUGGAAGGUCGAGUUUCCAGAGCGUCCAGGCCGACCUCUGCACUGAAAACGAAGGAUCUCCUUCUAAGGCCGUUAUGGGUCGGAAGCAUCAAAAUGCCAAAGACACCGGCUGGGACGCACUCGUGCAAAGAGUGCAGCAUGUCGACACGACCAGGAGGAAAUCCUCGCAUGACCAGGAUGAGGAAGCUCGCACAUCUUGGUGGCACAUCUACGAGAUGCUCGUGUACGCGUGGCCCAUGGAGUAUCUGACGCUGGCGGUGAUUCUCUUCAACGCCUUCUGCUUGGGACUGGAAACGAACAUCAUGGCUACCAACCUGAUGGCCCAGACGCCGGAAGAGUUCAUUGGGCUUGGCUGGGCUUUUUGUGCAUUCUUCACGCUGGAGAUGAUUCUGAAGAUCUCAGCAAAUCCUUCGCGUUUCUUCCUGGGUACGACCUGGUCCCUCAACCUGCUUGACUUCUUGCUCAUGGCACUGCAGUGGCUCGAUGUCGUUGUAACAGUCUCCACGGCAGACAGCGAGACCAGCGCCGUAAACCUCAACAUCAUGCGGUCGAUCCGGAUGGUAAGGAUGCUGGGGGAAGUGCGAGCCAUCAUUUGGUCCGUGAGCACCUGCUUGAAGCCUCUGCUGGGAGCACUGAUUUACUUGCUGGCAGUUUUCCUCGUGGACACAUGCAACUACCACCGCGUGGCAACAGACAUAGCAGACGAGGGCUUCGAGCAGCUGGGGACAUACUACGGAUCCCUCUCCCGAGGCAUGCUCACGUUGUGGCAAAUAAUCACCGGUGGGAUGGACUGGGCAGUCGCCGUGAACCCCUUGAUGGCUCAUACCGGGCCCUUGCCAGUGCUCGUGGUGUUUUGCUACAUCGCGUUCACAUUGCUGGCCUUACUCAACGUGAUUACAGGGGUGUGCGUCGAGAGCGCUGUAAAGAGGGUAAAGGAGGACAAGGACAACUACUUGGUGCAAUAUGUCCGCGGCGUCUUCAAACGAAUGGAAACCUCCGGCACCGGCGUCAUCACCUGGGACGACUUCCAGUCAAGUAUAAACUCGAAGGACAUGAAGGAGCUCUUCAAAGCCAUUGAUUUGGACAUUUCCGAGGCUCAUUGCGUGUUCAAGAUCUUAGACCUUGACGAUGACGGCACGCUGGAUGCAGAUGAGUUUCUUUCGGGCUGCCUGAGAUUGAGGGGGCCGGCAAAAGCUUUAGAUGUUCUGGCAGCUUGGCUUCGAGCUGGAAGUUCAGGCAACAUGACACGUGCCGACGUCUUGAGUCUCCAGUCUAAGCUCAUGUGUUAA